CGAUUCUGAAUCUCUAGCAAUCCGACAAACCGUGACCUCGAGAAAUGUAAGCUGCUUAUAAUUUGCUGGGCACGCAACAUGAAUGUUUGGACCGGUGCACUUACCCUGGAAAGCGGAGCACAACUCCAUGGCCUACAGUUGCUCGAUAGGUCAACCAACUCUCAAUCUGAUCUAUCGAGAGAGUCCAUUCUAAGCUUACGUUGCUUUGUCAACCCGGCGCUCAUACCUCUCCACGCGCGAUCUGGUCCGGAACUCGAACUUCAUGCGGCAAAUCCGGACACUAGAGCAUGGCUCAAGGACAAGUUGACCGGUACUAUCUGGCUUGAAGAAGAUGAGCUUGACCGGCUACAAGCCAUUCAAUGCCCCGUUGCUCUGCUUGUCCGUGUCGACAACAACAUGCGAGCCAAGGUCCCCAACACCGGCACAACCGACCUCUUGAUUCAUGGCGUUCUCUCCAUGACAAUCUCAUUCGAAAGACCCCCCACCCCACCUGGAUCGACACCAUCAGAAUCGGACGACCAGAUUUUACCCGUUACCAAGCAAGAGCUUAGAAUCUAUGCGACACCCGUAUCUGCAUCUCUUAUCGCCAGAGCGCAAUCUACGUCCUCGCCUCCCGAUACCGACGACACCACUCACAAUGACCACUCGGCUCACUUUCUCCCAGACAUCUACUCUCCAAGUCCGAAGCGCAAGCGAGUCGCCACUCUCUUCGAGUCUGUAACGCAGCAUCACAAGAGAGCCCGACGGAAGGGCGGUGAAGCGGUCUCACAAUUAAUGGCGCACUCGCUCUCGCACAGCUCUCAGCAACAAUUACAGGCUCUACGAGUCAAGCGUGAAUCCGAAGAACCUUCCCUUCUUCAGGUCGGACGUAUCGCAUCGCAGCGAGCAAGGUCCCUCUCUAUUGGAGGCAAUCUGGCAGGGAAAGCGCCCGAUUCCCGGCUCGAUUCUACUCGACCUAGCAGCAAACGGGGUCAGUUACGGGACCUCGACUCUCGAAAAGGCACACCUAAUCCGUUCAUCGAUUCCACCACCACAGCGACACUCUCACUACCGCCCGGAAGCAAAGUCGAUUUCCCGACCACACCAAAAGACGCGGGGACGGUUAUUGCUGAGAACAAGAACACGAUCACGCGAACGAUCUUGACCUGCAUGCGGCUUUAUGGCUUCAACCGAACCACGGUGACACGCUCGGGAACUUCCAGUAGACCGCAAACCGGCACGGAACCGGGAUACCAGGAUAUCACGCCCGAGGAGAGAGGUCCGCGCAUGACUGCUGACCUCGGGUCAAAUACGGAUGAAGAUGAGUUCAAAGCCAUGUACCAUGCGACUUAUCGCGCGUCGACGUUCGCUUUGCGGAAGUAUCUUAAGGAGUCCACGGCUGCGAAUGAAGCUGCGCUGCCGACGCUGCCACCAUCACUGGAAAAAGCCAAGGCUAUGACAUGCAUCGAUGAGGUCUUGAGACUGUUCUGUGAGGGAAAUUGAGCCUGGCUGGUACCAGGUGAUGAGUGAUGAAUUAUGAUGAACGAGUGUCUCCAUUUGGCAGGGUCAGGGGCUUCUAUAUUAAGUUGCGAGUCUUUAAUGGCACAGGAACAAAGUAUGAAUACCACAAUACGCAUCGAUAGGAUGUCUUUCAG